UUUAAUACAGAGAGAAGAAAAAUAGGAAAAAUAAUGAGUGGCCGAGACGCGCGCAAGUCGGUUGGUUGAAAGGCGCCGCGUCCCGCCUGCUUCCUGCAUUCAUUGUCUCCGGCCUGACGGCGAAAGACCAGUGAAGUGACCACCACAAAAGCAGUCUGCUUUCUCCCCAUUUUUUCUUCUCUUCUUCUUCUGCUCCGUCCACCGCUUAUGAAAAAUGCCCGCUCCCUCACGCCCUAGAAAACGACCCACAAUCAUAGUCGGUUCGGUCGAUAAUAGCUCCUCUUCGUCCUCCUCGGACGACGAAGAAGAUGAAGAGGAAGUAGAAGAUACAGUUGACGACGAAGAUGAAGAGAAGGGGAAAGGGCGAAAUGGUUCUCUUUCGGGGAAAGGAGCCGGAAAGAAAGCUCCCGCCAUCAUCAUAUCUCUCAAGAAAGUCUGCAAGGUUUGCAAGGAAGAGGGCCAUCAGGCAGGAUUCCAAGGGGCGAACUACAUCGACUGCCCCAGAAAGCCUUGCUUUCUCUGUAAAAUGCCCGGCCACACGACAAUGUCUUGCCCGCAUAGAGUGGCUUUGGAGCAUGGAGUGGUUCCAGCACUUAGAAAGAACAAACAGACUCAGUUGGAUUAUGUGUUUGAACGUCAACUGAUGUCUCAAAUUCCGAAGAUCAAGCCCACAUUUGUAAUCCCUGAUAAAUUGGAUCGCGGUGUUGUUAAGCUCCAUAGCCGGCGAGUGACAAGCUUGGAGUUCCAUCCAACCAUGAACAGCGUACUUCUAUCAGGAGACAAGAAAGGGCAAAUUGGAAUAUGGGAUUACAGCAAGCCUAAUGAGAAGACAGUCUAUGGAUCUAUACACUCCUGCAUAGUUAAUAACAUGAAGUUUGACACCAGAAAUGAUAUCAUGCUCUAUACUUCAUCAUCAGAUGGAACCAUUAGUUACACUGAUUUGGAAACUGGAAUUGGGGUUCUUUUGAUGGAUAUUAACCCCAAUGGGUGGAAUGGUCCAUCGACGUGGCGGAUGCUAUAUGGCAUGGAUAUUAACUUGGAUAAAGGUCUUUUACUUGCUGCAGAUAACUUUGGUUAUCUUUAUCUGUUUGAUACUAGGGAAAAGGUGAAGAUUGGAGAAUCAAUUCUUAUUCAUAGAAAAGGCAGCAAGGUUGUUGGACUACAUUGCAAUCCUACACAACCAGAUCUCCUCCUAAGUUGUGGAAAUGAUCAUUAUGCUCAUAUAUGGGACAUUCGUCGAUUAGAAACUCAAUCUUUCCUUGCCAGUCUUGCUCAUGGUCGUGUUGUCAACUCAGCCUAUUUUUCUCCACAUACGGGAAGUAAAAUCCUGACAACAUCUCAAGACAAUCGGAUAAGAGUGUGGGAUUCAGUCUUUGGAAAUUUGAAUUUGCCCAGUAGAGAAAUCGUCCACAGCCAUGAUUUUAAUCGUCACCUGACUCCAUUUAAAGCUGAGUGGGAUCCAAAGGAUCCUUCUGAAUCCCUCGCGGUAAUUGGUCGAUACAUAAGUGAGAAUUAUAAUGGUGUGGCAUUACAUCCCAUCGAUUUUAUAGACACCAGCACGGGACAUCUUGUUGCAGAGUUGAUUGAUCCGGAUUUAACCACCAUUAGUCCAGUAAACAAGCUACAUCCUCGUGAUGAUAUUCUGGCAACUGGGAGCUCCAGGUCUGUAUUUAUUUGGAGACCGGGGGGGUUGAAGGUUGAGGACAAAGAGGUUGAAAGGAAGAAGGAAAUCAUAUUUUGUAAUACUGGGAAGAAAUCUGCUAAAGAGAAAUUUAAUGAAAGUGAUGAUGAUGAUGAUGGUGAUGAUUUCCCUUCCAAAGGGAAGAACAAGCAACAGAAGAAAUAUGGAGGUAAAUCUGAUAAAGCUGGUUCAAGUAAAUCUAAAAUAGUCAAAAUCUAGUCUUGUUUUAAGAUUGAAAGAGGUAAAAAGAAUGCUUGAUUGUUUUCUUUUUGCUCUCAUUUUCUGGCCUCUUUUUGAAUUUUUGGCAAUACCUGCUUUUGAAUUACCAAAGGAUGAUUUCAUUGAAGGGACAGAGAACUAUUGUCUCAGUUUUUUGAAAGUGGUGGGGGUUACUAUAGUACAUG